ACACCAUUAACAUUUUGCGUCACAGUUUGCAAGCUACAAGUUUCAAUCGAAACGAAUGCCGCCGAGGCAACCAAACGAACAAACCGAUACCAUAGAUGGUCGAAUGUAGCCACCAAGCUCCAAUUGUCGAACGACAGCCGCAGCAUUUUCAGUACAACGGGGCACUUCGUUGCUACCAAAACGAACGAAAACGAAACGGAAAAUAACUUUGAACUGAACUGAAGAAAAGUAACUGGCAGCUUGUAUAUACUGAGGAGAAAAAAACGCCUACACAAGAAAGCUGGAAAAAUCUGUGAAAAUUUUACAAUUUGCAAGUGAAAAGUGAAAGAACAUUAUCCACAAUUAAGAAAACAUUGAUUUGUGUGCAAAAUUGAAAAGCGUUAGUGAAAAAUUUAACAACAAAAAGGAAAAAUCUGUUAGCUACGUACGAAAAUUUGCCAACUACCUACGCGCGUAUGAAAAUCGAUAGCAAAACGACCAACAACCAACGAGCGUUCAGCGGACGCGCAGAGUGGUAGCACCAAACCAGCAACAACAACAACAACGGCAACUAUAGCAAACGCAAUUGUGUGCACUGCAUUAAAAGGGCAAACGCCAAACGCAUACAUCCAUACGCGUUCAGUGGCGACACACAGCCACACACACCGGCACACGCACCAUAUGGCAGCUGUGAAAAGCGAAAAUAAUCAAGUUUAAUUGCAAUUUUCUACUGGAUCUACAGAGCAAAUAACAGGAUUGCGUUGAACUCUGAACUUCAUAAUUUAAUUUCAACUGAAAUUGCGGUUAAAGUUGGCGAAAACGGAAGUGUACUAAGUACUUGAAGCUGUGAAAAAUAUGGCUAAGCGUGGUGCAAUCGCGUUGGCGCUGUUCGGUGCAGUGCUGCUCAACAUUUUGGGUCACUGCGAAAUGUCCGUUUACCCAGGGCUUCGUCGCAAACCGUUACGACAAUUUCUGCAACAACCUUUUGAUGUGUCGUCCGAUUAUUUGGCGCAACUUAUGGAGGAGAAUGCACGGCGUCGUUUACAGCAAACGUUUGAACAACAAUUGGAGCGCAUCAAUAUGCAAAUGAAUCGUCAGCGACAGCGCGACGAGCAACGCGAACGUUUGAGUCAACGUUUGCAGCUGCUUGCCGCUGAGAAUGCGGAAGAGAAUGAGGAAGAGGGAGAGGCAGAAAUGGAUGUGGAAUCGACGGAAAUCGAUGAGGACACUUACGAUGCCAAUCGCAAUCAAUAUAAUAGUUAUAAAAACUUUAACAACAAUAACAAUAACAACAUCAAUCGCAAUCAAUACGUGGACCCGAACGGACUCUUUAGCUACAAGUACCCAUCACCCAAUAUGGUGGACAUGAACAGUGAGAUACUACGCGAACGUAUACCUUUCGCAGUCGGUCCGACCGAUCCACGUUUCUUCGAGCGUGACAGCGUCGAAAACGAAGAUAGCAACAAUAGCGAUGAGUUGGACUCGCGCGCAUUGGAUGACUACCAGGAAUUUGUACCAGCUGAAUCGCAAAACAUUGGCGCUAAAGUAGUAGCUGCCGCUACAUCUAAUGCCGAAGCCACAACGUUGGCGCCUGGUGAUGCUAAAUCGCCCGUGCUCGCGCCAGCGCCUGUCGAAACUGCGAAAUUGGUUGAUGGAGGUGCGGCUACAUUCCAUCGCAUCAAACCGCAAAGCGCUGCUGCGGCAGCGGCGGUUGCAGGCGCUAAUGUAGUUGCGGCAAUGAAGCCCAACACAGAGGAUGUAGCAAAUGAGGACAGCAAUCCACGACACGCGCUUAUUGACAAGCUACAGAAGGAGGGCAAAGCGGCGUCCGUUAUCAAUAAUCACGAUGUAGCUGCAGCAUUAGAUGGUGGUGGUGAUGGCGGAGCCAAUAUGGUGGUGCGUCAACACUUGGGUGUAAACGGUGACAUAGGCAUGUAUUUAGUGGCAUUGAUUGCGGGUGUGAGCGCCGCCGUUACAGUGGGCCUGAUAGCGCUCUUCAUCGCUUGGUACACAUUGCACCGCAAAUCAAAGGCUGCGGCGGAUGUGGAAUAUCCGGCAUAUGGGGUGACCGGACCAAACAAGGACAUCUCACCCUCGGGCGAUCGCAAAUUGGCACAAAGCGCACAAAUGUAUCACUAUCAGCAUCAGAAGCAGCAGAUAAUUGCGAUGGAAAAUCGACAGGCGGCGGAAGGUAGCUGCGGCAUGUCCGAUGUGGAAAGCGACGAUGAGGAGAAUGAGGAGGGUGACUACACUGUGUACGAGUGUCCUGGUCUCGCACCGCCAAUGAGCGAGAUGGAAGUGAAGAAUCCAUUGUUCUUAGAUGAAACGCCAGUUACGCCAUCGAGCAAUGUUACCACCACAUCCAACACGACCACCACUUCCACACCAACUAUUAGCAACAUAACACAUGCAACGCCACAACAACCACCCACACAACAAUUCGGUAAGAAGCCCACUUACAAGGUUGUUGUUGGUGCUGCACCCAAUCCCAAAGCUACCUCAGCAGAGUCUACGUCUUCCGAGGAGAAUAUCAAGAGGAAGAAGAAUAAGAAGUAAGAGGCUGCUAACUAUUGAGCAAAGGAGCAGCAACAGCAACAGCAGCAGCAGUAGCGAACUUUGUGAUGUUAAAUUGAAAAAUGUAUUAUGAAAGCGAGUUCCCCCCCAUCAAAGGUAGGGUAAGAGAAGGAGAACGGAGAACACAUUAGAAAUGGGGUCGCGAAAAAUAAGUGAAAUUAAUUUGUUGGUUUAUAGAUACUUUCAAAGCGUAAAAAUAGAAACCACUACCACCAGGCCAAUUAUCACAAUAAAUUGUAUAAAAAAAACAGGUAUUAAUAGGACUAUGAAUAAGUUCGUGCGGUUUUUUUUCGAAA